UUUUGAGGGGCUCUAUAAAUCCGAACAAAGCAAAUUAGGGUUUCUCUAUUUGCUCUGAGAAGAAGAAAGUACCAGCCGCUUCAGCCCUUCACAGCCAGCAGACCCUCCAAUCCAUAACAAUGACUAAGAGGACGAAGAAGGCCGGUAUUGUUGGGAAAUAUGGAACCCGUUACGGUGCCAGUCUGCGUAAGCAGAUUAAGAAAAUGGAAGUUAGCCAGCACAGCAAGUAUUUCUGUGAAUUCUGUGGCAAGUAUGCUGUGAAGAGAAAGGCCGUUGGAAUUUGGGGAUGCAAGGACUGCGGAAAAGUGAAGGCAGGCGGUGCCUAUACUUUGAACACUGCUAGUGCUGUGACGGUUAGGAGCACCAUUAGAAGGCUGAGGGAGCAAACCGAGAGUUAAGCCUGCUGUUGUGACCUCUACUACGUUUUGAGCAUUUGCAGCUAUGGAUAUUCCAAACAGUUUUGGGGAUGUGGUUCUCCUUGUAUUUCAUUAUAUUGUUUCGAACAAGUUAGAUGAAAAUGUUGACUCGUUGUAGUAUGUUUAAUCUGAGAUUUUAGCGGCCAUCUUUGAAUUCGGAGUGCAAUUUAAUUGUUUCUGGA